AUGCCCACGGGCGACAAACCACGGCCGGCCGAGGCAUCGCGCGACACAUGGGUGUGGUCGCCGACCCUCAGCGUCUACUAUCACGCCAACAGCGACACGUACGCGCUUCCGGGCGCCGACGGCGCGUGGACGUACCUCACCCCGGCCGAACUUGCCGCUCGCAGCGGCGGGGCAAGUAGUUCGACGAGUGGUAUCAACAAUGGCCCAGUGGGUGAAGAUGGAAGGGGACCAACUACUGCCACAAGAGGCUCCGAGGAGAAGGAGGAUGGGGAGCUCGAGGACGAUGUGGGAUGGGGAGGGCUCAUGGAGCCCGAGCAGCUCGAGCGGGUCAUGAACGCCAAGGACAAAGACAAGAAGGCUCAACAGCAAGCGUACCAUGGUGGCGACGACCGCCAUUUGGCAUAUGGAGGCAAGAGAGACGACACCACACGCCAGAGCGAGGCCGACCGCUACGGCGACCGAGACAGGGACAAGCACCCAGCGUACGCCGCCGGGGACAGCGUCUCGAGAGCCUGGACGGCACCGGCUUCCGCAACCUCGACCCCGACACCGUACGACGACGAGUCCUGCCCUCCUCCAGACGCCUCGGCCCACCUUGUCCGUCUCGUCGUCAAGCGCUCCAAGGACCUCGAGCCCGGCGGCGUGGCCGUGUUCGACGCGCGUCAAGGCGGGAUCCAGAUCGGCCGCGACCGGUGUGAACGCGGCGCACCGGCCCGCCUCCGUGUCCGCGAGAUGGAGGUCAGCAAGACGCACGCGCUCGUCUACUGGGGCCACGGUGGAGAUGAGGACGGCGAGGACGAAGGGUGGUUUAUCGUUGACCUGGGCUCGACGCUGGGCACGUACGUUGCGCACCGUGGGCAGCCGGACGCGACCCGCCUGAGCGAGGCCAAAUGUGCGUCCAAGCCGUACCCGCUCAGCCACCUCUCGCGCGUGACUGUCGGCACCACGACGGUGGUUGUGCACGUCCACGCUGACUGGCCAUGCGGCGAGUGUCAGCUCAGCGGCAAUGUCCAGAUCUCGCUCGACGACGGGACGGCGGCGGGCAAGCCCACGACGACGGAGCCUGAGAGCGAACCCGUGCAGGCUGGACGGCUGGGACUCGACGCAGGCCGUACGCGCGGCGACCGCCAGUUCAAGCGCAAGCUCGAGAUGGCUGCGCUCCGCGACACCUUGUUGGGCGAGGACACUGGCCGGCCAUCCGCAAGGGGCCCCAAUGCAUACAUGGAUCGCUCGGCCCAACGGCGUAAACUGCACCCCGCGUCGCCUCCCCGCCAGCGCGACAAUGGCUACGGUGCGCGCGCGGCUGAUCGGCACAACACCUCGACGUCGGCGUCGUCCUCGCCGGCCCCGCCCGCCGGCCCGUCCUCCGUCUCGCGCGCCCUGCUCGCUAAGCAAGGGUGGACGCCCGGACAGGGUCUGGGGCGGGAUGGCGGGGGCCGCGCCGAGGCCAUUGUGCCCGUCGUCCGCUUCGAGCGCGCCGGCCUCGGUGCCCGUGGCCAGGUCGCCGACGUGCCCGCCAACAGCGAGGGGGAGGGGGACUGGCGCUCACGCGGCAGGCAGAGGAGGUGGGACGAGGUCGGGCGGAGCUAG